AUGAAGUCCUCCGAUAUCGAUCAGGAUUUAUUUACAGACAGUUACUGCAAGGUGUGCAGUGCACAGCUGAUAUCGGAAUCUCAGCGCGUGGCCCACUACGAGAGUCGAAAACAUGCCAGUAAAGUCCGACUAUAUUACAUGCUUCACCCCAGGGACGGUGGGUGUCCUGCAAAGAGGCUCCGAUCAGAGAAUGGAAGUGAUGCCGACAUGGUGGAUAAAAACAAAUGCUGCACCCUCUGUAACAUGUCCUUCACCUCCGCGGUGGUGGCUGACUCACAUUAUCAAGGCAAAAUCCAUGCCAAAAGGUUAAAACUGUUGCUAGGAGAGAAAACCCCAUUAACGACCACAGCAGCGCCUCUGAGCUCACUUAAACCUCCGAGAGUGGACACUGCUCCAGUGGUCUCAUCUCCCUAUCAAAGAAGAGAUUCAGACAGAUACUGUGGGCUCUGUGCAGCCUGGUUUAACAAUCCUCUGAUGGCCCAGCAACAUUAUGAUGGCAAGAAACACAAAAAGAAUGCAGCAAGGGUUGCUUUGUUAGAACAGCUUGGGACAACUCUGGAUACGGGGGAAUUAAGAGGUCUGAGGCGCAAUUACAGAUGUACCAUCUGCAGUGUCUCUCUAAACUCAAUAGAACAGUAUCAUGCCCAUCUGAAAGGAUCUAAACAUCAGACCAAGUAG